AUGGCGGCUCGUGCGAUGCCCCUUGUGCUGGCCUUUCCAGGCGUGGCGUCCAGGGCAAACGUGAGCCUUGCGCCUCGCCGCCUACAGGAUACAUACACCUUCUUGACAUCGCAGCUGAACUGCCAGAUGUGCUGCGAGGAGGAGUGGCGGUCGUGCCUUUGCAUGCUGAGUUGCGACAUUUUCCAGGGCGAAUGCGAUGGUGUUGAGGAGGUGGAGACGUGCAACGUGGUGCGUGCCUGCUACAGGAGGAUCGACGAUGCUUCCCCAAGAGGCUUCGACUUCGAGUGGCAAUGUCGUUUAAUGAAGUGCAUCUCCUAUUGCCUGAGGCACUCGGAGGUUUGUGAGCCAAUCCGAAACGACUUCGUCGCGGACUGCAACAGAGGCCGUGAGGGCGAACUUCAAGCGUGUGAUGUGGUGUGCUCACGGGUGCGGCCACGUGCGUUACUGCCGUGGACGCUUCUCGCCCUUCUGGUGAUCGCCUGCACCGACUUCUCGCGGCACCCUCACCCGGUGCCAGAAGUGGGCGGCACGAGCUCCGGUGACAAGCGGACGCCAAGGGGGGGUAUUUUUGCCGGCAGGGGACCAGAUUCAGGUCCACUCAUCUUCACCCGGGGCAAGCCGGGAGCUUCUAGCAGCUUCGCUUCGGCGUUUUGUUUCUCCUUAGAGCCAUGUCGAGAGCUCGCAAGCGAGAAGAUGGGGAAGGCUUCGAAGACGGCGCUGAAGCAUCUCACGGCCGUUCUCUCAGGCCUGGGGCGAAGCUUGAGAUGGCCGGAGGCCCUGCGGCUCUUCCGGAAGAGCCAGGAUCGUGGCCGUGGGGACACCGCCCUUUGCAAUUCUGUCAUUCGGGCACUCGGAGAGGGAGGCUGCUGGGAGCAGGCACGGCAAGUCUUUGCAGAAAUGCAGAGAGGCAUUGCGCCUCCUCCCGACAUCAUCAGCAUCACAAGCUUGAUCACUGCUUGCGAAAAAGGCCGCAGAUGGCAGUACGCAGUCCGUUUGGUGGCUCACGAGCUGAGCGGAGGCAGCGGAGGAAGCUUCGCCGGCUCGAGCCUCUGCAGCGCCUUGGUCAGCGCCUGUGCGGCCUGCCAUCAAUGGGAACAGGUCCUGGAAGGCCUUCGAGCGAUGCGCGGCCGGAACUGGUUGCCAUCGCCCGUGGCCAUCUCGGCCUCGCUGGCCGCCUGCUCCCGCUCAUUGCACUGGCAGAGGGCUCUGGAGCUCCACGAGGCAUACAAACUGGAUGGAGGACCGGCAAACGAGGCAGUGUAUGGGGCUGCUGUUCACGCCGCAGGGCAUGGCCACCAGUGGCAAACUGCAUUGCUUCUUCAGAGAGAGAUGCUGUCUCUGUCCUGCCGGCCAAAUAUCGUGGUCAAGAACUCGCUGCUCAGCUCGCUCGCAAAGCUCGGGCACUGGCAGCUGGCCAUGUGCGUCUUUGGAGAGAUUGGCCCUUCCCAGCCGGAUGUGAUCUCUUUCAACACGGCCAUGUCCGCCUGUGAGAGAGGAUGGAUGUGGACGGCAGCGCUGCAGCUGUUUGCACGCAUGCGCAAGGACCGGGUAAAGAUCAGCAGCGUCAGUUGCAAUGCGCUUCUCUCGGCGUUGGAGAAGGGCCAGCAAUGGUCGCAGGCCAUCAGCUUCUUGGACCGCAUGCAGCGGCGGCGCCUACACAACCAGGUGUCUUUCAACUGCGCGGCUUCAGCCUGUGAGAAGGCAUUGCGAUGGCGGACCGCGCUGCUUCUGCGAGGUCCCCGCCCGGAUGCGGUGGCAGUGGCUGUGUCCAUCAGCGCCUGCGAGAAAGGCUUGGCUUGGAAGCAGGCCUUGGGGCUGCUGAACACCGCGAGGAUCGAUGGCACCGCAGACGUUGCCAGCUACAUUGCUGCAUUGGGCGCUGCAGAGAAGGCUCAGCGGUGGCCUCAUGCCCUCUGCGUGCUCCAACAGAUGAGGGAGAGCCAAUUGAGUUUGGACGCGGCUUCGCUAAGCGCAGCGGUAAAGGCCAGCGGUCGUAGCCUACGCUGGCAGCUGGCGCUCCAGGUCCUACGAACCGGGCAGGUGCACAUGGACGGGCCGGAACCGGACAUGGCGUUCUGUGCCGCAAUUGGGGCUUGUGGUGGCUGUGGCCAGUGGGAGCUGGCCCUGCACCUGCUGACGGAGCUGGCUGCGAGAGGGCUGCGUGCCAAUGAAGCCUCCUUGGGCGCUGUCCUUGACGGUUGCCAAAGAGCUCGUCAAUGGCAGAGAGCCCUGGCCCUGGGCUUCCACGGCGGCUUGGUGGGCGGCAUGGCUGCUGCGAUGGCCUCGGAGCGAAGUGCAGGUCCACACCCGGCCGCUGCCACCCGGAGGCUUCUGGCCCAACAGCUUUGGAGCUUCCUGCUCAACGACGCGCUCUGGCCAGCUGGCCUCCCCGGGAGGAGCGCCGGAGCUUCGGAGGUGCCGCGGGCAAUGCUAGCUUCGGAGCGAGUAUGCUCUGUGGCAGUCAUAGCCAGCAGCGAGGAUUUCCAGGCAGGUGCAGCAGCGGUCUUAGCCACCAAGCAGGCUUACUCGCCGCUUCUUGCAAGGUUGAUGGCAUGCCGAAACCUCCCUGCAACAGGCUCUUUGCAGGUGGCACACGAUGCCUGGCUGCGCCUUGCAGAUGGCUUUGGGCCAUGGCGGGGCAAGACGGCCGUGACGGAAUUGGGUCUCCGAAGUGUCGGCCGAAGUCUCACUGUGAGCAGACAAAAAGAAAAGUGUGCUGCUGCACCCGAAGCAAGUACGCAAGAGGAAGACAGGCUCGGGGAAGCUUUCAGCAUGCAUGGUGCGAGCUUUGCAUGCCUGUGCGAAGCAAUGAUGCAAUUGUCUUGA